AUUCCAAAAAUAAAUAAUUAAAGCUGGAGAGACAAAAAUCUUUUUCUCUUUACAAAAAGCAGUCCUAUUUAUUUAUUUAUUUGACAAUUGAGUCCCUCCUCUUCUCUUUUCCUUCAAUUUCGCUGUAAUUGAAUCUUCUACGAUUGCAAAUCCCUAAUCGAAUUCGUGAAUUGUGAUGGAAGAAAACAAUCCAAACAACGGCAUCAUAUCUCGCGAGAGUCUCAACAGCGUGGCCAACUGGGUCAGCGCCACCGUCGUCUCCGCCUUUUUCGCCUCCCUGGAGCGUUGCUCUUGCGUCAACCUCACUACCACCGACCCCGACGACGACGAGGAGGAAGAAGCCAAGGACCGGCCCCUCACCCUCACCUCCAACUCUUACUCUGCCGAUCACAUGGUUUAGCUCCCAUCAUCUUCCUCGGUAUCUCAUUCUUAUUGACGUUUUUAUUUCUUUACCUUCAAAAACAUGGCCUCGUUAUGUCAAUUGAUAUUAAUCAAUAUGUAAUGACGAUGUUAUAAUUUCUGUUGUUCAUUUGUCUGUUUGUUUGUGAACGGAAUUCUGAAUGUUGGUUUGCUGUAUUUUCUGUGCGAAUUGUCUUUUUAAAAUCGUGUUUAUCUUA